AUGGUUUCGUUGUUGGUUACAUCAGCGGAGAACCCGUCAGAUGGCCACACUGUCGUUGCCAUUAUCGGAGUGGGCUAUGUCGGCGAGCACCUUAUGGAAGUCUUCUCAUCGGCCUUUUCCAUUAUCGGUUACGAUGUUUCUGCUUCGCGCAUCGAAAAUCUGCGCUUGAAGCACUCGGAAAAGAGCCAUGUUAAGUUUACCACAAAUGAAGAAGACUUGCAGGUUGCAUCACAUUUUCUCAUCUGCGUACCGACAUUGCUAGGCCUCAAGGGCAAUGUCGAUUCCUCGCAUGUAAGAAGUGCGGUGACCAUGCUCGAUCGCUAUGUCAGCGACACCUCUAUCGUGGUGAUCGAGAGCACUGUUGCAGUUGGCAUGACGAGGGAACUGCUCGGGCCGCUUGCAAAGUCGCGUCGUGUCUUUGCUGGGAUGUCACCGGAGAGAAUAGAUCCCGGUAGAGUCGACCCUCCGCCUAGAUCGAUCCCCAAGGUCGUCUCAGGGCUCGACGAUGUGGUCCAAGGGUCGUUGACCGCCAUUACCAGGUUGUAUGAGAACGUAUUCGAUACCGUUGUGCCGGUCCGUAAGCCAGAGGUAGCGGAAAUGUCAAAGCUGUAUGAGAACUGUCAGAGAACAAUAGCGAUCGCCUACGCGAAUGAGAUGGCAGACGCCUGCAAGGAUCUCGGCAUUGAUCCUUUCGAAGUGGCGCAAACUUCGGCAACCAAACCUUUUGGAUACCUGCCUAUGUAUCCUUCACUAGGCAUUGGGGGUCAUUGCAUUCCAGUAAAUCCGGUCUACUUCAUGUCGACUUGCAAGUUACCACUGCUAAAACAAGCCCACGGAUGGAUGAUGACGCGCCCUUCACGCAUCGCCAACCAGCUUCUUACCUCCGUACUGGAAGAAUCGCAUCAAAGACAUGGUCCGGCACAUCGACCGAGCGUUCUUGCUGGUCAGUCCGACAUGUCGUACUCGCCUGGCUUACAACUCCUCAAUUUCAUGCGCCAAUCGGGCGAGGUGGGCUUGAUGGUUUGUGAUCCAUUGGUUAAGCAAGAGUCUAUUUGCGGAGGAUACCGCAUGACGGACCCCAGUUAUGUUGGUCCAUCACUAUGUCUUCAUGAUAAUAGGCUAGCAUGCGAUGGCUCUAAAUGGCCUCCAGGUUUCAACACGUCAACCACUUCACGUCCCAAAUUAGGAGACAUUGUGUAUGGAACGAAACUCAUUACUUGCAAUGUGAACGGCACACUUGCACUCACAUAUGAUGAUGGCCCGUCACGGUGGACACACGAUUUACUCGACAUUCUCAAGGCCAACGACGUCAAGGCAACCUUCUUCAUUACCGCCGUAGUCUUAUAUGAAGAUCUGACUCGGCACCGUAGCGAUCAAAGACCUUCAGCCGUCAAGAGAAUAUACAAUGAAGGACAUCAAGUAGCCGGGCAUACCUGGUCCCACCCAGACCUGAACUCGAUGCUGGAUUGGCAACGAAGAGGCGAUAUGACUAAGAUGGAGAUGGCGCUCACUGAUAUACUGGGCUUUUCCCCCACUUACAUGCGGCCGCCAUACAACAAAUGUGACCGCGCGUGCCAAGACCAUAUGGGGGAGCUUGGAUACCACGUGAUUGGAUGGGAUAUUGACCCCAAGGACUGGAAGGGAAAUUACACGUAUGCAGAGCAAAACUUUUUGAGAAGAAUACAGGCGCCAAACCAUGAGGACAAAAAGGCCAGGCUGAAUCUGGCACACGAUACCUACAAUGGUACAGUCCAUGGUCUCACCCAGUUCAUGAUCGACAACGCACGAAAGCAUGGGUACAAAUUCGUGACGGUGGGCGAGUGCUUGGGAGACCCAGAAGAAAACUGGUACCGGGAUCCUUUGACAGGGAACAAGCUUGGCCGUCUGCUUCCUAAAGGGACAGUAUAA